UCGAUCCCCCCUCCUUCCUCCCCCCCUCUUCCUUCUCCUUUUCUUAAAAUUCUUCAUCUGUAAUUCCUCUUCAGAUCCGAUGAGUUUGUUAGUCGAAGAUUCGAGUCUUCUCUACAAAACGGCGGUUGUAAUUGCAGUUGUCCGAUGGUUAUUGUGUUGGAUUCUUCGCCACACAUCCUCCGAACCCCGCCGCCAUCGUUCGUCUCAAAUCAUAAAAGACAGCCUCCUCCUCACAGCCUUCGCUGAAAUCAGGGACAGAGCGCCCUGGAUCUCCGAUACCUGCGCCGUCUGCUUGAGUCAUCUGGAGGAGGACGAUGACGUCAGAGAGCUUAGGAACUGUUGCCACGUCUUCCACAGAGAAUGUAUUGAUCGGUGGAUCGACUACGAUCAAGAUCAAGAUGAGGAUGAUGAUGACGAAAGUAAUCACGGUACGUGCCCGCUGUGUAGAGCCCCUUUGCUUGCGGCGGCGUUGUGUUGUCAAACUUCGGGGUGGGCGAAGAAUGAACCGAGUUGGGCAGUCGAAAAACUGCUCUACCUAUUUGGGGAUGAUCUUAAUUGAAUCAAUCAAUCAUUUUUUGACGGUUGACAUUCAGUUACAGAUGACAGUCUUUAACGUUGUCUUCUGCGGGUGGGUGUGUGUGUAUUUUACUGGAACUAUAAAUUUUUUUUUUUUGUUUUGUAAAUUUAAUGUGUAUUCUUUCUAAUGAUAAUCAUGUUAAAUUUAUUUCUUGUUUGAA